UAGUGUUAUGAAGCGAAGACGAAAGGAGCAAGUUUACCGUCCUGAUCGAUUUGAGUACCUUCAGGCCCUUUUGACAGAGUAUUGUGACAGUGAGGUUGCACAUGCUAAGCAGGAAAUCGUUGCGAAUCUAGCUAACUUCGCCUACAACCCAGUAAACCAUGAACACCUGCAGAAACUAAAUGUUGUAGACCUUUUCUUGGACCUGACGGAUGAUGAAGACCUUAUUUUACGUAGGAUGGGUGUGAUGGGACUGGUUAACCUCGCAGUUAACGCACAACACAGAGACCACAUCUCUGAGAAGCUGGACCUUAUCUUACCGCUACUGCAGUCACGUGAUAACGAGACUCUUAUCUCCACUCUUACUCUUCUCUACUAUUUGCAUAACGAAGGGGUGACAGACAAUGACUUGCGCAAAACGCUUCAACAACUUCACUCGGAGAGUGAGUGUAAGAGAACAAGUAACCUGCUUAUCCUUCUCCUGAGAAAUUCAACAACUUACAGUUCCAAAACAUCUGUAUCAUGAUCCACUAUCCUGUAUUAUAAUAGACAGUAUGUUCAGGGGUUUUCAAAAAUAACUGAUUUUAGAGCACAUGCCAGCAAAAGCCGCAGCUGGAAGGUUUAGCAUCUUCAGACAAAAUUAAUACUGUGUUCAAGUUAAUUGCGAACAAUAAACUAUUUGAGUAGUAGAAGGACCGAAGGGGUAGGGCCAAAGCUCAAGAUAUGAAAUUUCCUAUGCGCGUAAGUUCAAAACUAUUAGUAUUACCAAAUAUCUGAAGAUUGGGUUGACCGAUGAAACUAAAACGUGGAAUGUGGAAGCCCUCUGAAAUGUUUUAUUUGAGGAUACAAACAGAAGUAGAUUCACGUGUAGAUUGGUAAUAAUACAAUGAAAAGCAAUCCUUCGACUAUCAUUUGAAGCUUAGAUUUUGUGCUACCUUACCGGACUUAAUUUGAACGGAAAUUAAUUGGACGCAAGCGUUAGAAGAAAGUCUGUCCGUUUACGGGUCCGUCCAAGUCAAAGUCCGUUCAAAUGUUUUCCCAAAAUAAUUCCACUAUGAAGUUAUUGUCCAGGAUAUUAAUACUGUUAGUUUUAAUUUUGGAUUUUAAAUGGUUUUGGAUGCCUUCGAGCGUUCACACACACACACACACACACACACACACACACACACACAUACACGAGGGGGUGGGGUUGGGUCUUGAUUACGGUUGAUUACGGAGGGGGGAGGGAGUAAAAAUUGCUAAAAUAUUGAUUAGGUAAUAUGUGAACGAUUAGGUACUCAUUUAUUCAAAUUUCAAAGACUGACUAUGCCUGUCAAACUGGCACUGAAAUUUCCAAACGUAUUUGUAAAUUUGUUGUAACUCUUACAGCGUUUAGAGUCUUUCUGUUUCAUUUUUAGUGUAUAAAGUCAAUUUAAAACUGCAUCAUAUGGUUGUAGUAAAUCAAUAAUACAUUUUUACCAUACAUUUCAUAUUCCAUGCUUGAAAAAAGUUGUUAACAUAUUUGUGACUGUAUUACUUAUUCUUAAGACAUUUUUAAAUUGUUCAUUCUUUUUAACAUUUAAGAAAAUUAUUCAUGCUUUAUAAUUAUAAGAGAGA